CAUCACUCGGUCGAAACCCGAAUUAACCCAUCAGCAUGUCUUCCAACGUGGGUCUGUCUACUCCACGUGGAAGCGGAACAUCAGGCUACGUACAGAAGAACAGGUCGCUGCUGAGGCACCGCGACAAGGGCGAUCCGUAUCCCAAGGACUGGGAGCAGACAAAACACCGUCAGCGACAACCUGAUCCCGAGAUUCUAGAACACGAUCGCAAGCGGGAAAUUGAAGUCAAGGUGCUAGAGCUACGCGACCAGCUCGAAGAGGAAGGCGUGGACGAGGACGAGAUCGAUGAUCGCUGCGACGCAUUGCGCAAAAAGCUCGAUGACGAGAGAAAAGCCGGCAAGGGUGGCGGCGGGCCAGAUGCUCGCAACCUCAAAGUCCAUCAGGUGCACGAUCUGGCCCAGGCCAAGAUCGAAGAGAGUGAACGCCUUCGAAAGGCGCUUGGCAUUUCUGCAGACUACGAAGAAGGGAGCCACUGGCGAAAGCAGGAAGAACGCUUACGGGAUUCGCUCGCUCAAAAAGAGCAGGAGUCGGACUGAGCACCCACGCCAUCUGCCAGCAUGGGACUUGGCAGAUGACCGCGUUCACAUGGGCUCCCGCGCCUGUAUUGCGACGAACGAGCCAGAAAGAAGGAUUAAGCUGUCGAUGAUGGCAGUUCAGCUUACCACCCAUGCUCUACGAACAUCAUGUGUGAAUGUGGCCUUGGGCGAGGGGGAGGAUGAGAGAGGGAAUAGAGGGUCCAAAGAAAACAAGCAGCAUGAGACAUGUGGUUGGCUGACGGAGUAUAGUACAUUUCCACAUGCAUCUGGAAAUAGUGUAUUGACUGGCUGGCCACCCUGGCGCGACAGUCCCCUUGAUUUCUUUUUUGGGUGGUUGUUUCCC